UCAAAUCAAAUUGAAGAAAUGUGCUUUGUGCUAAUAGUAUUGAAGUGAAAAAACUACAAAUUAUUAAACGAAGUUUUUGUAAAGAAAUUAUUUUAACAAUUUAACAAUGGAGAAUUGUGAGUUUAAUCAAUAUCUUGGGAAAGAUGUCUCUUUAUCUCGAGAUAGUGAAGUAAUUAAAUUAGCAAUUUCUAGAGCAGGUGAAAUUUGCACAAUGACACAAAGUUUAGAUAAUCCUCAACACACAAAAUUGAUCUUUCAAAAGCUUCCAAUGCAUAUGAGGAGACGAGUAAUGUCUCACAAUGCAAAACGAAUGCCUCGACGAUUGAGAGAAGCUCAUAUAAAACAGAUGAAAAAAUCUGGCUUAGCAAUACCGAGUAAACGACCUUCAAGAAAGUAUAGGAGACGUCCUAGCAAUCUUUUAGCAGAAUAUACUAGAAGACAACAAGAAAAAACAUGGUUAGAAACUCAUAUAUGGCAUGCUAAGAGGUUUCAUAUGAUUGAAAAAUGGGGAUACAAAAUUGCUAAUUACUCCAAUGACCGUGGUUAUCGUGCUAACUACAGAGCAGUAGCUAAACAUUGUAUGAUGCAAGAUAUUUCUUUCUAUAAUUGUAUUGAAAUAAGUGGGCCCAAAGAUAUUUUAACGACUACUUUAAAAGGUCAUUGCAAAAAUGAAUUAUCCUUUGCAGCAAAAGCUUAUAUAUCAGGGAAUCGAGAAGGUAAUGUGACCUUUUAUACAAAAAGUGGAAUUCCGUUAGGUGUUGUUAAUUUUUUAUGGAAGUCUACAGAAACAGAGGAAAAAUCAAUAUGGAUUUGGAUUCAUCCCGUUUUCUAUAAGGAUGUAUUAAAUGAGCUUAUUUCUAGCUUUGAGUUCAAAGAAACUCCAACAACAUUUAUGAAUGUUGAGAAUUCUUCCAAUUUAUUAGAAAAUAAAAAUUAUAAUAAUAUUAAAGGAUGCAAAAUGGAGUUGCUAAAAUUUUCUUUAAAUAGAUUUCGUCUUCGUGGACCUCUAGCGCUUUCGGUAUUGAAUGAAACAUUACGCUUACCAAAAUCACUCCAAAAUCAUCAAGAAUCAAUGAGCUCAGACAUUGAUUCCAUGGAAGUAGAAGUAGAAAAUUCUUGGGAAUCUCAUUGGUAUCGAAAUUUAAUUAAUCGAAAAGCCUUUGAGAGCCAAAAAAAAUUUUUUGAGACAUUCCAAAAAAUUAAUUCUGUAAGCCAAUUACCUCGUAAUAGUGUGAUAGGAUUAACCGUCUUGGAUCCACGAUUUUUUCUACCACCAAAAAGAGAAAAACCUACUGCUAGUUCAGCUCCAGCUCCAAGUAUUGAUCAAUUGGAUUUAUUAACUUCUCACAGUCCCCUUUGGGACGCUAGUGUAAGAAAUAAUGUUAAGAAACAUUUUAAGAAAACAUGUGAAAUUAACAAAUUAAGAAGUCAAGCUUUAGUUUCUGGUGUUGCCCAUGAUGAAGGAUUUAGCGAAAAAAUAAUUUCGAAAGUACCGAUUAUAUUAAUUCAAUGUCCUGGAACUGAAGUUGCAAAUAAAGCUAUUGGAUUUAAUUCUGGAAUUGACAUCAUUGUGCCUAGUGGUUGGGCCUUACCAUUUUGGUUAAGUUUUGUGUACAGAUGUGUGAGACCAGGUGGACUCCGAGAAUAUCGUUCGAUACUUUUUGAGAGUCUAAUGUUAAAAUCACCAGAAAUCAACCAUCCAGACACACCUUCAUACAUAAAAGAAGCUGAAGAAACUACAAAUGAACUCACGGAAAAAUAUUUUCGAUAUCCGCCCAAUAGAAGAGUAAAUUUUAUUAAAUAUGCAAUUUCUAGUCCUUUUUGCUGCGAGUGGAAAAUUCUAAUUAAAGAGUGGACUGGUCAAGAAACUAUUAAUGUUCUGCGAGACCAAAAUAUACUAUCUUUAUUGAUGUCUGCUUUUAAAAGUUUUUCGAAUCACCAUAAUUCAAAGAAAAAAAGAAAAUUGCCCAAUGAACAAUCAACUUUGAGUCAGCUUGUAAAAAAUAUUGAUAAAUCUUUACUAAUACCUGUCAAAAUAAUGAUAGAAAGACAUGGAAGACCAAAGAAGUUUGCUAUAAUUUGUAUUCCGACAGACGAAGAUUUGAAGAAAUUUGAACAAGAAAGAAACUUCAAUGGGCCUAUUCAACAACCAAAACUCGAUGUAUUUGAAGCUGAUAGAAAAAAUUUGAGAAAGCAGCAUAAAAGAUUGUUAAAAAGUUUAAUGAGAAAACGAGCAAAAGCAAGAAAAAAUAUGAAACCAUUUUUUCCCCGAAUUUCAACAAAUGGAAUAAAAGAAUUGUAUUUAAAAAAAAUUAGACAACUUUGGCUUCCUCAAUGUAAAGAAGUUAGAAAAUCGUGUGAUCGAGAAGUAAUGGGUUAUGUAGUUCAAGGAGAUUUCUCAUUCACUGAAUCGAAAGGAGUUGGAUGGGGUUACGUAGUAAUGCAGACAUUAUUAAAUUUACUAGAAAAAAAAAAUAAUUAUGUGUUAGUUAGAAAUACACAAACGAAACAUUAUCGAUUAGCUCGUAUAGAAAUUCUUAAUAUAUGUUCAUAACA